AUCUGGUUUCCUUGCGGAAAACUAGAGGCCAGGGUCUUGUGGGUUUGGUUAGCUCAAACACGGUGGAGGCAGAGAAGAGGCUCAAAGAAUGGCAGCAGAGUCACUGAGAGUAACCACUUCAUCUCUCUGCCAUCUCAAUGAAUCACAGAGGAGACCAACCCCACUCUCUCCGGUUCGCUUCAUGGGUUUUCGCCCUCAACCCUCUCACUCUCUCUCUUCAUCGUCUCUUUCGCACUUCUUCGGGAGUUCUCGAAUCAACCACAAUUCUUCCAAUUCACGCCAACUUGCUCCAAGAAGAAGAAACCAUUCUGUUUUCGCCUCCCAUGUCGAAAGCCACACAGCCUUUCACUUGGAGCGGUGUUUUGCAGCGCCGUCCGCCCCUUCCCCUUCGAUGAAGGGCCAGUACGGUGCCUUCGGUGCCGUUACCUUGGAGAAAUCGAAGCUCGAUUUAACGCAAAAGCAAAGCCAAUCCUCCCCCGAGCUAGACGUUGGGGGAGGUGGUGGAGAUAUUGGAAAAAAAAUCAACCAUGGUGGUGGUGAUGGAGGUGAUGAUGAUGGUGAUGAUGAUGAUUACUUUGAUGACUUUGAUGAUGGUGAUGAGGGAGAUGAGGGUGGCUUGUUUAGGAGACGGAUACUUCUUGAAGAGUUAUUUGACCGAAAAUUUGUGGAUGCUGUGUUAAAUGAAUGGCAAAGGACUAUGAUGGACUUGCCUGCUGGGUUUCGUCAAGCUUAUGAAAUGGGGUUGGUUAGCUCAGCUCAAAUGGUAAAAUUUCUAGCAAUCAAUGCUAGGCCAACCACCAGUAGGUUUAUUUCCCGAAAACUACCUCAAGCACUAUCGAGGGCUUUCAUUGGAAGGUUGCUUGCAGAUCCUGCAUUCUUGUAUAGGUUUCUAUUAGAGGAGGUUGCAACAAUAGGAUGCUCAGUGUGGUGGGAGUUUAAAAAUCGAAAAGAUAGGAUAAAGCAGGAGUGGGAUCUUGCACUUAUCAAUGUGCUCACAGCAGCAACAUGCAAUGCAGUAGUUGUUUGGUCCCUUGCACCUUGUCGAUCAUAUGGGAACACUUUUCGGUUUGAUUUACAAAAUACAUUGCAGAAGCUUCCUAACAACAUAUUUGAAAAGAGCUAUCCACUUAGGGAAUUUGACUUGCAAAAGAGAAUUCAGUGCUUUUUGUUCAAGGCUGCUGAGUUGUGCAUGGUUGGUUUGAGUGCUGGUGCAGUACAGGGUACAUUGUCAAACACUUUGGCAAGGAAAAAGGAAGGAAGCAGAUUAUCUGUGACAGUCCCAAGUGUAAGCAGCAAUGCACUUGGUUACGGUGCUUUCCUUGGAAUUUAUGCUAACCUGAGAUAUCAACUGUUAUGUGGAUUUGAUAGCGCGAUGAUGAGCCAUUUUGAUGUUAUUGGAGUUGCAUUGUUCUUUAGCACAGCAUUCAGGGCCUUGAACGUUCAAUUAGGAGAAACUUCUAAGCGUGCCUGGCUCGGAGUUGAGGCAGAUCCGCUGGCUCAGUCGGAUGACCUCUUGAAAGCUUACAACAGGACUUCUGAGAAUAUAGAAAAGCCGUCCUCAAAAUGGUUUAUAUCAAAAAAUGCAGUUGUUUCUGGGCUUGGGCUCCUGGGCAUCAAACAAGGGAAUGCAGAUGGGGCUGGCGCAGAAUCUACACCUAAAGCUCGGCGAAAAAGGGUUGUUCGGAAGAAGGUUGCUGCAGGUUCAGCUUAGUUUCUUCUGAUGUAAAUGCAGUCAUCCAAUUUUGCUGUUUGCUAGAGUUUGCUACUACUGGAGUGUCCUUGGCGGUUACUGGCUGCUCCCCACUUUAGUGGACCAAGAUUUUUCUUCACAUUAACUAAAAUUUGAGGAGGGUUAUGUUUUUAAAUUCUUUUUAGGGAUUCUUGUAUCGAUCCUUUGUGUUUUGCUACCUGAAUCUGUACUAUAUAUUUUUAAUUUUUCAAAUAAAGUAGAGCAAGUAUUUUUUCUUCCCUUGAUCCAAACACCUGACGUCCUUGUAACUUCAAUGCAGACUAAAAAAUGUAGUUCACAUACUCCUCUCCAGUCAAUGAUCUUCAAGUCAUAGAUCAUGUAAUGUCCCCAGCUUAUGUUCCGGAGACUCCUAAUCAUAUUGAUUAUAAAAUUCAACUUAUGAUUUUCG